GCCACCGCCGCGGUCCAGGCGGGCCCGCUCACGGUCGAAUUCGCCAUCCCGUACUGCACCUCGUUUGGGCAGGAGGUGCGCAUGGUGGGCUCGGCGGAGCAGCUCGGGCAGUGGGACGUGACGAGGGCGCUGUCGAUGACCUGGACGGACGGCCACAUCUGGCGCGGGGAGGCCCCGUUGGCGCCCGGGGAGGUGGAGUACAAAUACGUGGUGGUGAGCAGCGGGGACAGCCCCGCGUGGGUGCUCUGGCAGCCCGGGGACAACAUGAUCAUCGAGAUCCCGCAGGAGGAAGUCGCGCCGCAGGAGAUCGAGCGCAUCGUGGUGCAGGACCAGUGGGACCGGUCGUCGCGCGGCGUGGAGCUGCGCGUGCGCGAGGUGGCCGUCGCGGCCGCCGCGGCGACGCACUCGCUCCGCCCCGACGACAUCCUGUCCGCCGCGGCGCUCCCGGCGACCGACGACGGCGUCAUGCGCGAACUCGCUGAGCGCCUUGACUCGGCAGGCCUCGCCCCGGAAGCCCAGCUGGAGCUCCUGAGCAGCAGUGUCGACCGCGUGUUCAAGGACCUGGACGCGGCCAUUGAGGAGUCCACCGCCCUCCUCGACUCCGGGCUCGUCGCAGCGACGAGCAGCGCCGCGAUCGAGGCGGACCGGAGGGUCGCGCGGAUCGCAGAGACGGCGAUCCGGAUGGUCCGCGCGCUCGAGUCCAAGGAGCAGGAGGUCGCAGGCCUGCUGUCCGAAACCAUGCACGACGCCGCUGCCGGCGGCCAGGCCGCGUAA